AUGAUGAUGCUCAAAGCACUCUUAGCCCUGCAAAAUCUCUCCAUCUCAUCUCCCAGAAAGCGCAAGGCAGCUCGCCUUACUGACCUUCCUACCACCGUGAUCACCAGCAUCGCUCUGAAGCUCAACAUUGUCGACCUUGCACGGCUUCGUCUGGUGUGCAAGAAUUUCGACGAGGAUAUUCAGCGGUCUACCAUUUUGUACCUCAAGGCGAGGUUUCCACAGCAUUCUGGCCACUGCGAUGUAUCAUCUAGCUGGAAGAGCGCCUGGCUUGCGCUUGCGCAGCUUCAGCUAGGUGCUCGUGAUGUCGACACUAUCAGAACAGUCGACGCCAAGGAGAAAGCUAUCAGCCGACAGCAGCUGCACCAUAAGCGGUUCGAAAAGAGCUUCCCCAUUGGCUCAAAGAUCUUUGGACCGUGCGCAACGUGCAAUACUGUCUGCUGCGCCGAUUGUGGCAGGACAACUAUCCAAGCCGAGGCUCAUGAUUGGGACGCAAGCCUCUCGUCGCUGAAAAAGGCGCUCAAAGAGCAUGCGAUCGCCAAGCACGUCGACCGCAUGCUUUGCGACAACUGCAUCGUGAAGCCCAACUAUGCGACUCUCACGGCGGCCGAUGCGCAGUCCCUCUACGGGAUUCCCCGCGGCAUACUUGAAGAAGCGUGUCUGCCGGACACGAUCGUCGUCACCCAUGUAGAGCCGCGUGAAGACACUCCGCUACGCUGGCGUCAGGGUGAACGUCAGGGUCAUGGUACAGCUCAGGGUACUCGCACAGACGAUCAUCCCCGCUCUCACAUGGCAGAUGUGGUGCAUGUUACAUCCGAGUACCUUCACUGCGAGGUCGCCGCCCUCGCGUCCGAUUUGCAAGGCAAGAAGGUCCCGAUCACACUCGAUUGCCGUGAAUCGUUCAUCGCCUCACGCAUGCGCCGCAGCGGCUAUGGCGAACACACUGGGCACAUCCUGCCAAGACCUCCUCCCUCUUGCCAAACUGCGUCCUCUGCAAGGCCAGUCCCAGCUGCGACAAAUGGUGGCGGCGACGGCGAACAAGAUGAAGCGCUCGCCAUCGCCGAGGCACUAGCGUUCGGCACACCUGACGAGGGCCCCUGGCUGCUAGCGGGCUAUGAUGCGAACGCGGCAACUGAUUCUUCGCGUUUGUGA